UUAGCGCGUGGCUCUUCACUCAAUCUGGCCGGCCGCGAUGGCGUUCUCCAGGAGCCGCAGUCUGCAACACCCGGCAUCGAGAGUGAUGGAUGGCAGCCAGUAAAGCCCAGCAGUAUGGGGCCUCCUGUGGUAGCCCAAGAGGGGGAGUCGAGUCUCCCUCCGGUGGCUAUGGAUAAGACUGGGGACCCUGGGCAAACUGGGGCCACGCCAAACGCCCACGCCCUCGCCUGCAGUACCACCUCCCUGCAAGCAGGGCCCGCCAAGAGGAAAAAGAAAGACAAAAGAUGCCUGUGGAUCAACCUCACUAACUGCAAGUUUGACAGCGUCAGACGUGCAGCGUCCCGCUUCGGCCUUUUGGAGGCGCAAGAGGGCGAGGAGUGGAACGUUUACUGGACCGACCUGACUGUCUCCCUGGAUAGAGUCAUGGACAUGAAGGCCCACCAGAAGAUCAACCAUUUUCCAGGAAUGAUCGAGCUCUGCAGGAAGGACCUGUUGGCCAGGAACAUGAACCGCAUGUUCAGAUGUUUCCCCAAAGAUUAUAACAUCUUCCCCCGCACCUGGGUGCUACCCGCAGACUACAGUGACCUGCUGGCCUACAGCCGAGCCAAGAAGCACAAGACCUACAUCUGCAAGCCGGACGCUGGCAGCCAGGGGAGGGGCAUCUUCCUCACGCGCUCCACCAAGGACAUCCCCCCGCGGGAGCACAUGAUCUGCCAGGUCUACCUGUCACGGCCUUUCAUCCUGGACGGCUUCAAGUUUGACCUGCGCAUCUACGUCCUGGUGACCUGCUGUGAUCCCUUACGCAUCUUCCUGUACGAGGAGGGGCUCGCCCGCUUCUGCACCACCAAGUACUGCGCUCCCAACAACAACAACCUGCAAAACGUGUGUAUGCAUCUGACCAACUACUCCAUCAACAAGAACAGUCACAACUUUGUCCGCGAUGACCUGGCAGGAAGCAAGAGAAAGCUGUCAGUGGUGCUGCAGUCUGUGCCGUGUGACUCGGAGAAGGUGUGGGCAGACAUCGAGGACAUGGUGAUCAAGGCUCUGAUCGCGGCCCACCCGGUACUCAAGCACAGCUACAGGACCUGCUUCCCCCGACACGCGGUGCAUGGCUCGGGCGCCUGCUUCGAGAUACUGGGCUUUGACGUGCUGCUGGACCACCGGCUCAAACCCUGGCUGCUGGAGAUAAACCACUCCCCCAGCUUCACGACAGACUCGUGUCUGGACCGCGAGGUGAAGGACAGUCUGCUGUACGACACGCUGGUGCUCAUCAACCUCCCAGCAUGCAGCAGAAGACACACACGCGACACGCUCACAGACAGAAUAGCACCCAGAGAAGUCAGGCAGCGUAUGCAGCAGCAGAUGCAGGCCAGCAGUACAGAGCGCGCGCUGAGCUACGAGGAUCAGCACCUGGGGGGGUUCCGACGCAUCUUCCCCCGCCCCAACGCUGCCGACUACGACAGGUUCUUCACGCACGGAUACUCGCUCUUCCAGGAGACCGUCGCCUCGCGCGCACGAGAGAAGUGCGCCAGAGAGCAGCUGGAGGAGCUGGAGCAGAAGCAGGGUCAGAAGAGGAAGAAGGCCUACUCGAUGGGGGAGUCUGCUGGGGAGAGGGGACGCCUGAAGGCCCGGGGGAAGCGACGCGCGCGAGCCCCCAAAUCCUCUUGCUUCCUCCCCAAACUGCCCUGUCGGCUCUACAGGCUCCCUGUGCAGCCAGAGGAAGAGCGGAAGGAAGAAGGAGAAGAGCAAGAGGAGCAUGAUGAGAGGGAGGAGGAGGAGGAGGAUGAAGAGCAGGAGAAUGGAAAGUCUCUGCCCUUCUCGGCCAUGAGAGGCCGACUCCUGAAAGACCUGGGAGUAGUAGAGAAGGUCUAUGAGCUCCUUGGCCGCUCUCAGAACCUGGCACACAGCCAGCAGUACAAGCUGGAUUCCCUUGGUGAGCCAUGCUCCAAGUGUGGUAAGAUGGUGACACUGAAGAAGAGACUGGACCUGGCCAUGAAGUUCCCCCAGCGGGAUCACCCCAAGCUGCCCCAGAAUAAGCCCAGCAUGGGACAGCUCCACCCCCACCACCACCACCACCCAGAGACCUCGGUGCAGAGAGAUCCCCAUCACCACCACCACCCCCACCACCCCCACCUACAAACCCCACAGCUCCAGAGCCCAAUCCAGGGCCACCCACACCACCACCUCCUGCAGACCUCCACCCAGAGCCCGAUUCAGAGCCACGCGCGGAUCGUGCCCCUGUGCCUGCCCAGGUCAUGCUUGAAGGUGGUGAUGCCAGUGGUGCCGUUACCAGUGCUGCACCCCCCCAAAAGCCCCUCUUCCACCAGCUGCCUCAGUCAUUGGUGCAAAAGGGCAAAUCCCGGCCCAUGUGCUUCUGCAGUCAGUGCCUCUGUGGUGGAUGUGGCCCUGAGGGACCCAGUCGGUCUGCCGGAGAUCCAUAGCCAGCAGGGAUUUCUCUCCCCGGGCAAGAAGAGGGUGGCAGGCCAACCUCGCAUGUCCCAGGUCACCAUCCCGGGCCUGUGUGUGGUGUCGGACCGCCUGCCCCUCAUCCACCGCCAGCCCAUGCUGCAGACGUUUGACAUAACAGCCAGUCUUCCAGCCUCAAUCACUUUGGAGCCUUAUUCCACUGCCGAACACCUAUUGUCCAAUCAUCAUCACGUAGCAAUGUCCCUAAACAGCAAAAAAGACACAACUACCAGAGAGUCAAACACCUUGCAGCACUGCGGAGAGAAGCUUGCUAGCUGCAUCCAUUGUCAACCGGAUCAGUAGCAGCUUGCAACAUUAGUAGUUCCCAAAGUUUUGUUGUUUUGUUUCGUUGUUUAAGCCAAUGAGUAUUGGUGGAAUUGGUGAAUAAAUGGGACUGUCAUUGGCUGAUACA